ACCUGUAUGCCGCGCUCAUUUCCACACGCUACCAGCAACGUGCGUACACAAUCGGUUUUUCCUUUCCAAGCAUGCGGUGAUUUCUAGCCGGCUAACCAACUUUACCUGUGCUAACUUUUGCAUUUGCUGUUAGCCGCACACUAACUAGCCUACUACUUAGUAGCCUAGCUAACUAGCGGUCAACAUUGUUAACAAAGUGAAACUUUAUUCGUGUUAUCUCGUUUCCGUGUGGCAGAACGUGUACGCCCGAUUGUGUUUGCGCGCCGAAUGUUGGUAGCCAGUUGGUGCUAGCGGCUGGCUUAGUGCAGCACGACAACCUGUAACUUCAGUUACGUUUUGAUUCUCGAACCUGUCGGAAGUUGUGGACAAAAGUGCUCGUAAGUGAAUUCGCUGAUUAAAUUGUGGCGGUUAGUGCGCGUCUGUGUGUGUGUGUUUGCGUGCGUGCAUAUGUGUGUUAGUGUAGUGCAGUGUAGCGCGUUAGUGUUGUUGCAAUGCCAGUUAGCACACAUAUUGCAAAUGAAAUGGCUACAUAGCGCUUUGGGCCAGUGCGAAUGAAAUGGCCAUAAACGGAAAGGUGUAAAUUUAAUAAAUGGCAAAAUGAAAGAAUGAAAAUUUUCACUACAAGUUUCAAUAAGAAAAGUAAAUGCAUAAUUAAAUAAGUGUUUGGAAAAAGUAAAUACAUAAUUACUAGUAUUGGAAAAAUAAUUAGAUGGCAUAGAAACGUGUUCAGAGAUUAUUCUAAAGUGUUGAAGAAUUGUUGGUAACGAAAAUUAAUGCUUCGCAGCCGGACAGUCCGUCAUCGUUAACGAAUUCGCAGCCACUUUUGAUGUUUUUGCUGUUGUUGUUGUUGUGUUGUGAGGCGAAAUAGGUUUUAAGACCAAGUUGAAAAGCAAUAGUAAUAACAACAACACUGGCGUAUGACAAAAUAAAAACAACAACAAUAAUAAACCAGUUUACAGCGCCUGAAUGCAUUGUUGUUGUAUAUAUGCUUACAUGUAUAUAAAUACAUAUAUAUAUGUACAUAUGUAUACAAAUAGAUACAUAUAUAUACAUAUGUGCGCAAAACAACAACAUAAAAAUGUGUGUUCUGUAAGACUGUCUUUUGUGUUAUGCUGUCGCAAGCGGGUUUGCGCGUUUAGACAACGCAUUGGCAACAAAUUUAAUUGUAGAAAAAGAAUUAAGAAAAUAAUAAAAAAUAUAAAAGAUUAACAAAUAUAAACGAAAAGUUCAAAAAAAAAAAUUAAGAAAAAAUCCACAAAAAUUUAAAAUAAAUAAAUAACGAAAGAAGUAAAAGCUAUACAAGUAAUAAUAACAACAGACACAACCGUUAUCAACGUAGUCAAAGUGAAAAAGUUGUAAAAAUUAACAAUAAUAACAACAAAGCGCAGCAUGCGCUGCAAACCGAGCAACGCAAUUGAAGUAAUUGGAAUGCACGCUGUUGCGAGCAGCCACUUUGACAGCAGCAGCGACCGCACCAUGUCGUUAACAACAAAAAGCAUAACAACAAUGACUACGACAACGACAAGGAGGCAAAGGGCAAGUGUCCAGCAACAAGGUUGCGCAAAAUAUGCGACCCAGCGCGGUUGUGGUAGCAGCAGCGCGCAGCUGCAUUUUCCUCGCGCGGCGGCUGCGAAAGCGCAAACGCAGCGGAUGGAGUCCAUCUACCGCCUGACAGCAUUCUUCACGCCCCGUUGCUUGUUGCUCGCGUUGCUGCUAUGUUUCACACACGCUCUAGGUUUAAUUAAAUUAGUACAAGCCACCUCGCCCGGUGUUACAAGUACGGAGGCAUAUUUCAAUGGUUCGGCCUACCUACGACUGCUGACACCGAUGCCAAUUUGGGAUCAUUCCGCCAUAAGUUUUCGGUCUUGUCGCGGUGGUGAAAUUUUAGCUCAACAAUAUAAUAAGAACUCAUUCGUCAUCACUGUGCUGAGUGAUUUUCUGCAAGUCUCACUGGCCGGUCCGGCGGUGAUUGGCCCCAACAACCGUUUAGACGUUAAGCUACCCUAUCACUUACUCGACAAUCACUGGCACACGUUACAGUUCAAGUACGAAUAUGGUAAUCUCUACUUGUACAUCGAUCGCACGUCGUUAGUUUUCGCGAAUUCCACGUAUAACAGUCAAUUUUUGACCAAUCAAGAUAUCGGCAAUGAGGCGGCUAUUUUAAUAUUGGGCAACUCAUUUAGCGGUUGUCUACAAGAUGGACCCGGUUUGCUCUUCAUCAAUGGCUCUGUGCAGAAUGUCGUCUACGGUCCUUGUCCGUUGAGCACCGGUCCGUGUGGCGAUCACGAUGCACUCAUGCUUGGACAAGAUAAUUAUUGCUCAAAUAAUCCAUGUAUGAGUCAUGGUCAGUGUACACCGUUAAAUGAUGGUUACGAGUGCCGUUGUACGCCGCGUUAUACGGGUAAGAACUGUCAGAUCGAUAACGGUUCGCCGUGUGCGCGUAAUCCCUGCGCAAACGGCGGCAACUGUACCGAAGACGUACGCGGCGAUUAUCAGUGCAAAUGCACAACGAAUUACAGCGGACGCAAUUGCGAAACGGAAAUCAAUGUACACCCUGCCUGUCAACCGAACCCGUGUCUAAAUAACGGCGCUUGCAUCGUUGCGCCGGGUACUAUAAAAGUCGAGUGCGAAUGUGCCAAAGGUUAUGCGGGUGCGCGCUGUGAAAACGAUGUGGACGAUUGCGCUUCGCAGCCUUGUCUGAAUAACGGACGUUGCCUGGAUUUAGUAAAUGGGUUCACAUGUGAUUGCCGUGACACCGGCUUCACGGGUCAACACUGUCAAACGAAUAUCGACGAAUGCGAGGGCAGUCCGUGUAAACAUGGCGGCCGCUGUUACGAUCGCUAUGGUUGGUUCAUCUGCCAGUGUCCUGAUGGUUGGGCUGGUGAAACGUGUGAGGAGCCAACGAACUGUAAGACGCAACAGUGUUUGAACGGCGGCACCUGUGUGAAUAAGACGAUCGGCUUCUAUUGCCAGUGCGCGCCAGGCUAUAGUGGUGAGCUGUGCCAGCAGAGCCCACCGUGUCCGCAGUGUCCCAUCGAUUCGGAGUGUAUUGGAGGGAAGUGCAUAUGUAAGCCAGGCACAACGGGCCCAAUUGGCCAUUGUUUACCAAUACCGACAACACCGCCACCACCACCAACAACAACGACAACAACAACUGCAACACCACCACCAGACAAUUUGGUGGUUGCUAAUGCAGCAAAAACAACAGCCGCCGCAGCAGCAGCAACAACAACAACAACAACUGCUACUGCAGGACAAUUGACAGCGACAGCAGCGAACAUAACAACACCAACAACAACCGCAACUGCAACAACGACAACAGCUAGAAAUACGGCAACAACAACAACCACAACAACAAAAAACACACAUAAUCCGCUAUUAUCACAUUUGGCUCAAUUGAAAGCAUGCCCCCCCGAUAAUUGCUUGAACGGUGGUACUUGUAGUGGCAGUGCUUCAAAUUUUACUUGUUUAUGUGCUAGUGGAUACACAGGUUACAACUGCGAACUGCCCGUGACAGAUGGUGCGACAAAUGUGCCAUUGACCGGCAGCGGUGCCGUCGGCAACAGUCCCAUUAGCUCCGCAAUCAAUUGCAUCAAUGGUGGCAAGUGUUUGAAUGGCGGCACCUGUUCGAUGAAUGGCACACAUUGUUAUUGUGCCGGUGGCUUUUCGGGUGAUCGCUGCGAGAAGGCCGAACCUUGUACGGCGCUUAAUUGCCAAGAGCCAAUGGUGUGCCAGUUGAAUAAGUGCGUCUGUCCGGAGAAUAAGAUCUGCACGGCUUGCUCGGCACAACCGUGUCGCAAUGGUGGCGUCUGUACGGAUCUAUCAAAUGGCGAGUACACCUGCAGCUGUACGUCCGGCUGGACGGGUCGUACAUGCAUGAAGGAUGUGGAUGAGUGCGCUUUGGAUCCGAAUAUUUGCGGUAAUGGCAUUUGUAAGAAUGAAGAUGGCUCGUACAAGUGCUAUUGCACGCCCGGUUUUACGGGUAAACACUGUGACUCGGAUGUGGAUGAGUGCUUGAGUCAUCCGUGUCAGAAUGGCGCGACCUGCAACAAUAAGCUGUUCUUUUUUAAAUAUGGAAAACAUCGGAUUUUGAGACAAAUCAACGCCUACGAAUGUGUCUGCCAGCCCGGCUAUACCGGUAUUAACUGCGAAAUCGAUAUCAAUGAAUGCGACAGUAAUCCCUGCACGAAGGGCUCGACAUGCAACGACAUGAUCAACAAUUUCACCUGCUCCUGUAUACCUGGCAUGACGGGCCGCUUCUGUGAGAACGAUAUCGACGACUGUAUCUCGGCGCCUUGUCAAUACGGCGGCCAUUGCAUAGACGAAUUGGGCGGCUUUCGUUGCGAUUGUACCAAUACCGGCUAUCAGGGCCAACUCUGUGAGUUUAAUAUCGACGAAUGUGAAUCGCAACCCUGUCAAAAUGGCGCUGCUUGCAUAGACGAUGUAAAUGAUUACCGUUGCAAAUGUUAUCCGGGUUAUAUGGGGAAGAAUUGUGAAAUCGAUAUUAAUGAAUGUGAAAGUAAUCCCUGCUUGUAUAAUGGUAAUUGUUUGGAACGUUCUAAUAUGACAUUGUAUGCCCUAAGUCAAACGAUGGAUUUGCCAGAGUUCUUUAGCCGCCAAUUCUCCUAUCAAAAUGCGAGCGGAUACGAAUGCGUUUGUGUCCCAGGUAUUAUGGGUAAGAAUUGCGAGAUCAAUAUUAAUGAGUGUGAAACGAAUCCGUGCGGUAAACAUGGCACCUGUAACGAUGGUAUCGGCACAUAUACCUGUGAUUGUGACCCGGGCUUCGAAGAUCGACAUUGUGAGACCAAUAUCGACGAGUGUGACCGGUAUCAACCCUGUGGCGCACAUGGCACCUGUAUCGAUGAGAUCAACGACUAUACCUGCGAUUGUGACGCUAAUUACGGCGGUAAGAAUUGUUCGGUGCCAUUGAUUGGUUGCUUGAGCGCGCCAUGUCAAAAUGGUGGCAACUGCAAGCCAUAUCUAGUCAACGAAACCGAGCAUCUCUUCAACUGUACGUGUCAACAUGGUUUUCAAGGGGAUAUUUGUGAGAAGACAACAACGAUUUCAAUGGUUGUAAGUAGUUUAAUAACGGUAAAGACGCAACGUGAGGAGGGUUAUGAUAUAAAUCUACAAUUCAAAACCACAUUACCGAACGGUGUACUAGCUUUUGGCACAUCGAUCGGACACAAUGAACCCGUUAGUUAUAUAUUGGAAUUGAUUAACGGUCGCUUGAAUUUACACUCUUCGCUGCUGAAUAAAUGGGAAGGCGUCUUUAUUGGCUCCAAAUUGAACGAUAGCAAUUGGCAUAAAGUAUUCGUGGCCAUUAAUACUUCGCAUUUGGUGCUCUCAGCGAAUGAUGAGCAGGCCAUCUUUCCCGUGGGUUCGUAUGAGACCGCAAAUGGCAGUCAACCGUCGUUUCCGCUCACAUAUUUGGGCGGUACAAUACCGAAUUUAAAAUCAUAUCUACGUCAUCUGCCGCAUCGUCCGUCGAGCUUUGUCGGUUGCAUGCAGGAUAUUGUCGUUAAUGGCAAGUGGAUCUUCCCCGAAGAGCAAGGCAACGAAAUAGAUACGAAUUUGACAAAUAUACAGGCCGGCUGCCCGCGCAGCGAGCAAUGCAUACCGAAUCCGUGUCAUUCGAAUGGCGCAUGCACGGAUUUGUGGCAUACAUUCUCAUGCACUUGUCAGCGGCCACACUUCGGACACACCUGCAAAUACAACAUAACUGCCGCCACAUUUGGCCACGAGAACACCACGCAUUCGGCUGUUGUUGUGGAGACGAACGACUCGGCUCGUCGUGCCAUACGUUCCAUACUAGAUAUAUCCAUGUUUAUUCGCACACGCGAGCCAACUGGACAGGUCUUCUAUUUGGGCAGCGAUCCAAAGAAGGUCACUCCAAAGGGAGCAACUGAUACUGGCGAAUCGUAUGUAGCCGCUGAACUGCAUGGCGGAGAAUUGCUGGUAAAAAUGCAAUUUAAUGGCACACCCGAGGCCUACACUGUCGGCGGCAAUAAGCUUGACAAUGGCUACAAUCAUCUCAUCGAAGUGGUGCGCAAUCAGACGCUCGUACAGGUUAAACUCAACGGCACUGAGUACUUCCGUAAGACACUUUCCUCCACUGGUUUACUCGAUGCCCAGGUGCUCUACCUUGGCGGACCACCAGUUGGUGUGCAAACACAAGCACCAACAACCGCUGGUACUGAUCCAGCGGCAGCAACGCCCGAAGAGAAUGUCGUAAAUAAUGAAGUCGAUGAAAAGGACUACUUCAAGGGUAUCAUACAGGAUGUGAAAGUAAGCAAUGGCUCACAUACGAUGAUUGUAGAACUAUACCCAUUGAAUGAGGACGAUCUGCUCUUGCCACCCUCGUUCGGUGUGGUCACCAUUGAUCGUACAUCGGUACUGAAAGGUGAAGUAACGGAUGAUUUGUGCCGUAAGAACCCCUGCAAGCACAAUGCCGAUUGCCGGAAUACAUGGAACGACUACGUAUGUACCUGUCCGAAUGGUUAUAAGGGCAAGAAUUGUCAAGAGAUCGAGUUUUGUCAGCUAGUCGAAUGUCCGGGUAAUAGUAAAUGUCAGAAUCUCGACGACGGUUAUGAGUGUUUGACGAACAUCACAUUCAAGGGCAAUGAAAAGAAUCCCUUGGCGUUCACUUACUACGUAGAGCAAAUGCCUGAUGAACCAAAAAUGUUGGUGCAACCGGUUAUAGAGAUCGCGUACAGAACACGAGCUGGCGGCACACUAUUUUUCAUAGAAAAUGGUGAGAGCUUCUUUGAAAUUGGCGUGAAUCAGGGACAAGUGACGGUCACUUGGAAGUUGAGUCAGGAGGCAUUUGGCGAUACCAAGCGCUUUACCAAAGACACAUCUGGUCCCACUCACAUGGAGAUGAUGAAUGAGCCAGGCUGGAACCGCAUUUACUUACGCGCGCAAGGUGGCAAACUCGAGGGCGGCUGGAAGGGUUGGGAGAGCAUGGUCGAUCCGUCACCCGCUUUCUCCGCCGACAUAGAUCAACAAGCUUUCCAAGAACUACUCUCCAGUGACACUCAGGUUUAUCUCGGUGGCAUGCCCACUGAUAGUCGGCAAGCGCGUGGCAGCAGCUCAGCACAGCAGGGCUCACAAUUCAAGGGUUGCUUGGGCGAGGCACGCGUUGGUGAUCUCUUGUUGCCUUAUUUCUCGAACGCAGAAAUGUAUCCACGCACUGAGAACGUCUCGGUGCAACCACACUCGCAAUUCCGUCUCAAUUCGACCAAACCGGAUGAGGGUUGUGUGCUCUGCUUUAAUACGGACUGCAAGAAUGGUGGCUACUGUAGCUCACCGUCCGAGCAGUAUGCCUGCACGUGUCUGCCUGGUUAUGAGGGGGAGGACUGCGCGACCGAUAUAAAUGAAUGCCUGAAUGCAACUUGUGAGAAUAAUUCCACUUGCAUUGACAAAGUCGCCGACUUCCAAUGCCGUUGUCUACCGGGCUAUGACGGACGUCUGUGUGAACAUAAUAUUGAUGAGUGCGCCUCGCAGCCCUGUCAUAAUGGUGGCAAUUGCACGGAUCUAAUUGCCGCCUUCCAUUGCGAUUGUGCAGAAGAAUAUGCGGGCGCUCAGUGCGAUUUCUUGAAACAGGUCACCUGCGAUAAUUUGCCCUGCCGCAACGGUUCGACUUGUGAGGAUGGAUUUAAUGCCAAUACCAACAACAACUUCACUUGCAUUUGUAUGCCCGAUUUCGAAGGACCCUAUUGCGAUGUGCCCUUCUGCGAAACGACGCCGUGUCAAAAUGGCGGUCUCUGCAUAUUCGCAGACGCUUACACACCACUAUGUCAGUGCAGUUUAGGUUAUACAGGUCACCUAUGUGAAAAGGAUAUCAAUGAGUGCGAUCCCAAUCCAUGUCUCAAUAAAGGCAUGUGCCACGACCUUAUCGGCGCCUAUCAAUGCAAUUGCACCGGCACCGGCUUUGAGGGCAACAAUUGCGACAUCGAUAUCGAUGAAUGUGCCUCGGGUAUUGAGUACUGUGGCGGCUUAGGACGCUGCAUCAAUUUACAGGGUUCAUUCAAAUGCAUCUGUCAGGAUUCUUUCUGUGGCGUCUAUUGCAACUUUACCGAUCCGUGCAAGAAUGGUGAGGGUUCACCGUGUAUGAAUGGCGGCAGCUGCCAGGAGGCGUGCGGCGAUGAAGCGGACUAUAAGUGCACCUGCAAGGCCGGCUAUGAGGGCAAGGACUGCACACUGGUGAUGGCCGCCAAAGAUGAGGGUCCCUCCACUGCCGACAUCGCCAUCAUUGUAAUACCCGUGUUGGUGGUGUUGUUGCUGAUUGGCGCGGCGCUGUUGGGCACAUUUUUGGUUAUGGCGCGCAAUAAGCGUGCGACGCGCGGCACUUACAGCCCCAGCGCGCAAGAAUAUUGUAAUCCGCGCCUGGAAAUGGAUAAUGUGCUGAAGCCACCGCCAGAGGAGCGUCUAAUUUAGUCGUUGACAGUUAUUUCGUCUACUUUUUAUUCUAAAUUAUAUUUGUAAUUAAUGUUGACUUGGCACGAUAGUGAUGUAUGAAUGAAAGUAAAACCGUUACUAUAAAGUCUUUAUCCGCCCAUUAAGUAUAGUGAUAGUGAUUAAUUAAGUGUUUAAGCGUACUAAUUACGAAUUAUUGCUCAUUAUAGCGGUUUAGAAGACAUUAAGCGCGUUAAAAAUAUCACACUCGCAUUCGCUAGAUUUCAGCAAGUUCGAAAUAAGUUUACGCCUAGUAAUUAGAAAAAAGCUGCUUAAAAAUGCAACCGUGACAUAAAACGUUAAGAAAAAAAUUUAGCUAGCGAGUGUAAAUUUUUUUUUUUUUGGAAAUUUUGGCGCAGAUUUAGGGUAAUUAAAUAAAUUAAAAUAUAUGUUUGAUAUAAUGUAACUAGUUAGCUCAGACAACCUGUUUAUGUGCUCAGUUCAAAUACAGUGUACUUUCAUAGACAUAUAUUAUACAUGCAUAUUUAUAAUUUUACUUGAAAAAAAAAAUUUAACAAAUAUUUAUAGUUAAAUAAUCGUAAGGUUUAAAACCUCAGUAUUGUGUUUGAAUGCCAAGUGAGCAGUAAAAUUAUUUUUAAAAAAUUAUAAAAAAAAUAUUCAAACAAAAUAUUUUAAAAAAUAUAUAUAAAAAUAUUUAAAAAUAUAUAUAUAUAAAAAAUAUUUAAAAAAAUUUUAGAAAAUAGUCGAAGAAAACUUAAAAAAUAACUAAAAUGUUGAAAUUUUAAAAUUUAAUAUUUAAAAAGUAUAUAUUUAGAAAGUAAAAUUUCAAUUAAAAAACAAAUUAAUAUUCAAAAAUUAAAAUUAAUAAUUAAAAAUUUUAAAUUUAAAAUUUUUAAAUUCAAAAAUUUAAUAUUUAAAUUUUUUUAAAUUUAAUAUAUAUAUUCAAAAUUUAAAAUUUUCAACUUUAAAAUAUAAAAAUUAAAAUUCAUAUUUUAAGUAUUUAAAAAUUAAAUAUUUAAAAUAUAAAAUACAAAAUUUAAAUUUCAAAACCUAAAAAUUACAAAUUACUUAAAAAAAUGUCAAUAAUUAAACAUAUUUGUGAGAAAACAAAAAAAAAAAUUUUUUGUGUAAAGCAAACUCCUCACUAUGGACUUCCAAACAAAAGUGCUCUAGAAUAAAUAUAAAUCAAAUUUAUGUAUUUGUCUAAGCAUAAUUUAGUGUAUUUCCAAUACAUAAGUUAAAUACCACGACUACAACUACAACAAUCAAUCUGUGGCCUUAUUUUGUGUAAUCGUAUACCUUUAAUUCAAUUCGUGUUACCGUUAUUUAGAUUUUUUAUCGUAUAUUUACUUAUUAUGUUAAUCUAUACAUACAUGCAUACAUUUAUUACAAAUACAUACAUACAUAAAUAAAUACGUUAACUUAAGAGACUGUAUUAUAUUAAAUCGACUAAUUUAUAUUUAAUAUUAAUAAAGACCUUUAAACAUAACUUAAA